GUCUGUUGUCUGUUGAGUUUUCGAUCUGAUCUCAUGCACCUCCCCUUCCUUAUAGUUUUCGAGAAGACUUCAUGCAUGGAGCCCCAACCGGUUAAGGUAAUCCUAUUAAGACAUGCCGCUGCCACUGCCUCCUACUACGUUGGAAUAGCCACUUCAUUGCCACUGUUCUUGGUAUCCCUUGUUUUCAUCCUGCCUUCUGUUUUCGCCCUAAUGUACUUUGUAACGGCGGAUCCCUUGUUUCCUGUUACCGUCCCUCCGUGACCCAGUCCCAGGCUCGAUGGUCCUUGAGCUCGACUCAAGGAAAUAAAAAAAAUUUUCUUUUUCAGAAUAAGAAAA